UGAGCCGGAGUCGGAUGCUCAACUGACUGAGCCGCCCAGACGCCCCGGGAGAGAUGGGCCUUGUUCAGACCCGUCGUCCCUGCAUGUGACACGCUGUUCCUGGUGCAUCAUGGGCAGCAAACAUUUCCCAAAGGGGUAACUUUUCCUCUGCUGUAUUGCAGGUCAGCCAGGACCCCGGAGCCGGACCCCGGAGCCGGAGAGCUUUGUCCCGGACCGCAGACCCGAAGGAAACCCAUUGAUGGCUUUCCCACCGCCGUCGACAGAUCACCGGUGAAUCGCGGGGCAGCGCUGGGUCGUGAUUUGGAUGCAGCUGAGGAAAAUGCAGACCAUCAAGAAGGAGCAGGUGUCCCUGGACGCGGGCAGCGGCGGGGACAAGAUGCCGGCGCUCGGGCCCGCCCUGGCCGACGUCUCGGAAGACCUGGCGGCCGGCGAGGAGCUGCUGCUGGGCGAGGGCGGCGUGGGCAAGGGCCGCUCGUCGGCCUGCCGGCGGAAGCGGGAGUUCAUCCCCGACGACAAGAAGGACGCCAUGUACUGGGAGAAGCGGCGGAAGAACAACGAGGCGGCCAAGCGGUCCCGGGAGAAGCGGCGGCUCAACGACCUGGUGCUGGAGAACAAGCUGAUCGCGCUGGGCGAGGAGAACGCCACGCUCAAGGCCGAGCUGCUCUCCCUGAAGCUGAAGUUCGGGCUCAUCAGCGCGGCGGCCUACGCGCAGGAGAUCCAGAAGCUCAGUCACUCCACGGCCGUGUACUUUCAGGACUACCCGGCGUCCAAGCCCAGCGCCGGCCCCUUCGCGGACGAGCAGGAGCCCCCGCUGGUGACGAGCGGCUGCAUCUCGGUCAUCAAGCACUCCCCGCAGGCCUCGCUGUCCGACGCCUCCGAGGCGUCCCCGCGGGAGCCGCCGCAGGACGGGGCCGCGCGGGCUGGCUGCGGCAGCCCCGACCGCAAGUUCCAGGCCAUCAAGCAGGAGCCGGUGGAGCUGGAGGGCUAUGCCAGGGAGGCGGGUGACGAGCGGGGCGCCUUCCGGACCUCCGUGUACCAGAACCUCCUGGGGACCGCCUUCCCCGGCUACUCCCACUCCCCGCCGCUGCUGCAGGCCGCCCGGUCCUCCAGCAACUCCCCCAGGACCUCGGAGACGGACGACGGCGCGGUGGGGAAGUCCUCGGACGGCGAAGAUGAGCAGCAGGUCCCCAAGGGCCCCGUCCACUCCCCCGUGGAGCUGCGGCGCGCGCACGCCGCCGUGGUGAAAGUGCCGGAGGCGAACUCCGCGGCCCUGCCGCACAAGCUGCGCAUCAAAGCCAAAGCCAUGCAGAUCAAAGUCGAAGCCUUCGAUCAGGAGUUCGAGGCCACGCAGAAGCCGUCCUCGCCCGUGGACGUGGCGCCCAGGAGGCAUUUCGAACUGGAGAAGCACAGCGCCCCGAGCGCGGUGCACCCCCCCCUCCCCCCGUUCUCAGUGCAGGUGACGAACAUCCAGGAUUGGUCCCUCAAAUCGGAACACUGGCACCAAAAAGAGCUGAAUGGCAAAACUCAGAACGGCUUCAAAACGGGAGUUGUGGAAAUGAAGGACGGUGGCUACCAAGUCUCGGACCCGGAGAACUUGUUCCUGAAGCAGGGGAUGAUCGCAAACUUGUCGGCAGAGGUGGUGUCACUGAAGAGACUCAUAGCCACACACCAGAUCUCCGCCUCGGACUCCGGGUAGAGCUCCGGGUGGCCGGAGCGCUUCAUUCGCAGUCGUUGAGUCCGUUUUGUAUCGGGCGGGAUUUUCGCUGGACCCGUAAUGUCAUUCCACUGUCUGUGUUCACAUGCUGUCCGCUGGGUCUCCUCCCGGGCACAGAUGACCACGGAGACAAGAUCUGUUGUCACUCUGCCUCGUGUAUAGUCACGUCGUCUGUUGCAAAGGCUGUGCAUAUCGAACAUUAUUUUUGUUGUUCUGUUAUAAAGCGUGUCGGUUACCAGGUUCAAUAAAGGAUUGGUGACAGAGACCGA